CGAACUGGAGCCCGCCCCGCCCCUGCAUCCGGAGACGCGGGUAGUUCGCGUGGUCUCUGCUCCUGCCACUUCCCCCGCUGUAGCCUCAGCACCAUGGAUGCUGCCAAGCAAGUGAUUAACUUUGGGCCAGGGCCUGCCAAGCUGCCACACUCGGUAUUGCUAGAGAUACAGAAACAGCUAGUGGACUACAAAGGACUCGGCAUCAGUGUGCUUGAAAUGAGUCACAGGUCAUCAGAUUUUGCCAAGAUUAUUAACAACACAGAGAAUCUUGUGAGGGAAUUGCUAGAUGUUCCCAACAACUACAAGGUGAUCUUUGUACAAGGAGGUGGGUCUGGCCAGUUCAGUGCUGUCCCCUUAAAUCUGAUUGACCUGAAAGCUGGAAGGUGUGCCGACUAUGUGGUGACUGGAACUUGGUCAGCUAAGGCCGCAGAAGAAGCCAAGAAGUUUGGGACUGUGAAUAUCGUCCACCCUAAACUUGGAAGUUACACAAAAAUUCCAGACCCAAGCACCUGGAACCUCAACCCAGACGCCUCCUAUGUGUACUUCUGUGCAAACGAGACAGUGCAUGGGGUGGAGUUUGACUUCAUACCUGAUGUCAAGGGAGCAGUGCUGGUCUGUGACAUGUCCUCCAACUUCUUAUCCAGGCCAGUGGACGUUUCCAAGUUUGGUGUGAUUUUUGCUGGUGCUCAAAAGAAUGUUGGCUCUGCUGGGGUGACAGUGGUGAUCGUCCGUGAUGACCUGCUGGGCUUCGCCCUCAGAGAGUGUCCUUCGGUCCUUGACUACAAAGUGCAGGCUGGGAACAACUCUUUGUAUAACACACCUCCAUGUUUCAGCGUCUACGUCAUGGGCAUGGUCCUGGAGUGGAUCAAGAACAAUGGUGGAGCCACAGCCAUGGAGAAGCUCAGCUCCAUCAAAUCCCAAAUGAUUUACAAGAUUAUUGAUAAUUCUCAAGGAUUUUAUGUGUGUCCAGUGGAACGCCAGAACAGAAGCAGGAUGAAUAUUCCAUUUCGCAUUGGCAAUGCCAAAGGAGACGAAGCUUUAGAAAAGCGCUUUCUUGACAAGGCGGUGGAACUCAACAUGAUCUCCUUGAAGGGACACAGGUCAGUGGGAGGCAUCCGUGCUUCUCUGUAUAACGCUGUCACAACUGAAGAUGUUGAGAAGCUGGCUGCCUUUAUGAAGAAUUUUUUGGAGAUGCAUCAACUGUGAACAUGACUAGCUAUGCUCUCCCUGUGAGCAACAUGCAGAGUUCAGAGUAACUUUGGAUUGGUUACAAAAAUUUAACAGACAUGGAUUUUUUCCCCCCAAACACAUGCUUAUUACAGUUUCUUUAUCGACUAAACAUCCGGGGCUCUGCAGGGCUAUGAAACUAUCAGCUAAUGGCCACCUUCAUUCUGACUUGACCUGGAAGCAGUUUCAAAACUUUCCUAACGAAUCCAGCCCGGCAUCUUUCUGCUCCUUUCUUUAGGUGGAUUGCAGUACUAGCCUUGGACUUUGUUCUGCUGGUUCCAAUUAGUUAUUUUUGGAUCUGACAAUAGUGAGUUUGCUGGGUUCUACAGCUAUUGGUUAAAGUCAACGGUGACUCUUAAACAUUUUGGAUCUGUAUACUGCUGUUCUCAUAAAAAGAUAAAAGUGACACGCGAUACUAGUGCUUAUAUACUGGGUAUGUUUUUAACACCAUACGGUUUAUAUCUAUGCCUUUAUAUUUCUAAUAAAACAGUUCUGUAGACGCUUUUAGAGAUUGUUCAACCCAUGACUUUGUGCAUGACUGUCCUCUGCUGUGGACAGUUGCACCCUCCCACACUCCCUUCUAAAGCGGCUUCAUAAGAAAGAUAGGUCUUUUUCCAUUGUUCUAUGUUGUUAGUGUUUUCUGUUGACUGUGUGAAGAACAUUAAAGUCCUAAAGCAUCUAA